UUCGACAGCUAUAAAAGUGGAAGCCACAAAGACCAUGACAACAAAUCACAACAUGGCAACAAAUACCAAUCUCAAGAAUGCUGCUAUAGCAUUCUUGGUCCCUCUGCCUUCCAUCCUAGUUUAUCUCUCCUUCCAAUCGGCCAUUAGUGGCUUUCCACACUCUCCAUCUUCUCGGUCAAUUUUUUGGACAUGGUGUUAUCACCAUCCUUUACUAUUUGCCAAUGUCCUUUUCUUCUUCAAUGUCAAUCUGCUCUUCUGGCUCAUCGGCCUAAUCCAAUCCAGCCACUGGAUGAUCGACCCGUAUUGGACAGUGAUACCUGUGAUGCUUGUUCAUUACUAUUCGACUCAUCCUUUGGCUCAGUAUAACCGGUUGAGGUCGAGGACGGUGAUUCUGUUAACUUGGGUUUGGAGUAUCAGGCUGAUCCACAACUACUUCAGGCGAGAAAAGUGGCAGUGGGGUGCCAGGGAGGAUUGGCGUUUCACUGAUUUGAGCCAUCAGUAUGGAAAGCAUUGGUGGUGGGCUUCCUUCUUCGCCAUCUACGUGCCUCAGCAGGUGUUUCUGAUUGGACUAUCAUUUCCAUUCUAUGUUAUCCACUCGGUCAACGAGCCUCUGAGCAUGUGGGACUUUGUAGCCAUAGUUUUGUGUAUAUCUGGUGUUGUCAUAGCAUACAUUGCUGAUACUCAGCUUUACAACUUUGUGAGUGGAAAGAAGGAGCUAAAAGAGGCAGGUAAGGCAGAGGUUGUCAUUCUUGAGAAAGGGUUGUGGUAUUACUGUCGGCAUCCAAACUACUUUGGAGAGCAGUUGUGGUGGUGGGGAGUGUUUGUGUUUGCAUGGAAGCUGGGACAUGGAUGGACCUUUAUAGGAGCUUUGGCCAAUAGCAUGUGUUUGGGUUAUGUGACAAAGCUUGUGGAGGAGAGAAUGUUGAAACAAGAGAGCAGAGAAGAGGCCUAUAGGCUUUAUCAGAAGACAACUUCUACAUGGGUGCCUUGGUUCAAGUUCUCUCCUUUGGAACUAAAACCUAAGAAUCUUUGAUUCUGUUUCAUUUUCAUCAUCACAUCAGUUCUAGUUCUAGUUCUAGCUGUAGUACUCAUUCUACCAUCAACUUCAUCAUCUUAAUUUUCCCUACUUUCUUCAUUAUGUAACGGAUCAUGUCAUGUUUGUGUGUGCGCUCUGCAUUUUUUGUACCAUAUUUAUCACCGUUACUAGCUCAGAAGAAUCUC